CACGGAACCUGACUCCACUGCUUGUGGGACGAAGUCGGGGACAUCAAGAACUGGGCCAAAGAGCUCUUCAAGGCAGAGAAAGACAAUCACCCUUCUUCCUGAUAUGCCUUUUUUUUUUCUAGAAUGAUAACGUCCCUGGGUUUACGGUUUAACCUUUGGUUUCUUGGCUAUUUACUGUGGAGGCAGCAACGAGUAAGCUCCGUCACGUGGCCAUCGGGCUCCCGAAUGGGGAAUAGCGGAUCUGCAGCCUCGUGCGUCAAAGGCGAGCUGAAGCUGAAGCUGCAGAAAGGCUUGAGAAAUGAAGUCAUAAAACGGCUCCAGAAGGGCCUAGACAGACCCAACUCAGCUGCUAGUCUUGUCUAUAGACUGAUUUGACGAAUAUAUAAGGCAGCGCAAUGUCCUGCUACGACAGGAUAUCUUUCACCAGGCAAACAGUGGUGUUUCAGCUGCCACUGCCACUGUCACUGAGAGAACUUCC